UUAACAGGAGUUUCCAAAUUUCUUCUAAUGGGAUUUUCAGAGGCACCUGAACUGCAGCCCCUCAUAUUUGGGCUUUUCCUCUCCAUGUACCUCAUCACUGUACUUGGAAACCUGCUCAUCAUCCUGGCCACCAUCUCUGACUCCCACCUCCACACACCCAUGUAUUUCUUCCUCUCCAACCUGUCCUUUGUAGACAUCUGUUUCACCUCCACCACCAUCCCAAAGAUGUUGUGGAACAUACAGACACAGAGCAAAGUCAUAACCUAUGAAGGCUGCAUCAUCCAGAUGCAUUUUUUCACACUGUUUAUAGCGCUGGACAUCUUCCUCCUGACUGUGAUGGCCUAUGACCGGUUUGUGGCCAUUUGCCACCCCCUGCACUACAUGGUCAUCAUGAACCCCCGGCUCUGUGGACUGCUGGUUCUGGUGUCCUGGAUCAUCAGCGUCCUGCAUUCUGUGUUAGAAAGCUUAAUGAUGUUGCAACUGUCCUUCUGCAAAGUCUUAGAAAUCCCCCACUUUUUCUGUGAACUCAAACAGCUGAUACAACUUGCCUGUUCUGACACCUUUCUCAAUAACAUGGUGAUGUAUUUUGUAGCGAUGUUGCUGGCCGGUGGCUCCCUUAUAUGUAUCCUUUACUCUUACUCUAGGAUAGUUUUCUCCAUACGUGGAAUCUCAUCAGCUCAGGGGAAGUAUAAAGCAUUUUCCACCUGUACAUCUCACCUCUCAGUUGUCUCCUUAUUUUAUUGUACAGGCUUAGGAGUGUACCUUAGCUCUGCUGCUACCCACAGCUCACAGUCAAGUGCAACAGCUUCAGUGAUGUACACCGUGGUCACACCCAUGCUGAACCCCUUCAUCUACAGUCUGAGAAAUAAAGACUUAAGGAGGGUUCUGAAAAUACUGAAAUACUAA